UCUGUGAAGCUCUAAUCGCCCUAAAAUAUGAGCUUCAUAUUACCGAAUCCGUACAGAUUAGUUAGCGGCGCCAUUCUAGAGGUCUUGUAUUCCUGAACUAAUUGCUUCCACGUCCUCUGAUCUUUCUUUCGGGGGAACGGCGUGUAUCACGCAGAAAAUGGCAGAGCUGGUUGGACCAGGCCGCCUUAUCUCUGGUGGCCUCUGCACUGCCUGGCACUCAGCCGCCAGCACAUCUCCUCGUGGCGGUGUGAUACACGCCGCCAGCAAUCUCACCAAUCUUACCAGCACAUCUCCUCGUGCUUCUCACCAAUCUUACCAGUGUCAUCAGUCUUAUAAACCUUGCCAUUCUUACCAGUCUUAUCAACCUUACCUGAAUUUGUCCCGUCAUGGCUCCCCCACUCGGCAAUUGCGGACCGUCGGAUUCAGCUGCUGUGGUUUCCCAAAUCGACGGUUAGAGCGUGAUAGCGUUAACCAAUCGCGGAGGAGAGGGUUCAGCUGCCGUGCCAAGUCAGUCAUCGAAGGCGACGACAUCCGAGAGGCGUUUCCUGACGUACCGCCGCACAAGCACAAGCACAAGCACCGCCACCAACCAGCUCAGCUAGGAGGUUCAGAGGCGCCGAUAGAGACAGAUUUGGCUUUUGAGUCGACUCAAAAUACACCGACAGAGACAGAUUCGGGGCGAGAAGAGAAGGAGGCAGGAAGAGAGACACGGACUGAGGAGGGGCAAGACUUGGUGACAAAGUCUCAGCCAGAGGGGCUCACCCUGCAGUCCCUGCUGGCUCGCUCCGCGUCUCUACCCCGGUCUAUCUCCCCUGAGGUGGUGGCCAUCGCCAGUGUGUACUUCGUGCAGGGCGUGCUGGGCCUUGCUCGUCUGGCCGUCACCUUUCUGCUCAAGGACGACUUCCAGCUCGAUCCGGCUGAGGUGGCGGUGCUAUCGGGCCUCUCCUCGCUCCCCUGGCUCAUCAAGCCCGUCUACGGCUUCAUCAGCGACGGCAUCCCGCUCUUCGGCUACCGCCGCCGCUCCUACCUCAUUGCCUGCGGGCUGCUGGGCUCCCUCGCGUGGGCCUCCCUGGCGUCGGUGGUGGGGGAUAAGUACUCCGCUGUCGCUAUGAUCCUGCUCUCCUCGCUGUCUGCUGCUGUUUCCGAUGUGGUGGUCGACUCAAUGGUGGUGCAGAGAGCUAGAGGCGAGUCCCAGGCCACAUCAGGGGGGUUGCAGUCGCUGUGUUGGGGGUCGUCAGCAGUGGGUGCUGUUCUCUCAGCGUAUUUCAGUGGUUCGCUCAUCGAGAACUAUGGUACUAGGUUUGUGUUCGGAGUGACAGCCCUACUGCCGCUCAUCACCACGGCAGUCGGAUUCUACAUUCCAGAAGACAGGGUCACUGCCAACAAGAGCACAGUCACUAACGAUUCGGAUUCCACAGGUGGCAAGGGGGCAGCAGCAGCAGCAGAAGGGGCAGGAGGACGGGUAGUGAGAGGUGGAGGAGCAGCAGCAGAAGGGGUGUUGAUAAGAGGAGAAGCAGGGGAAGUGACAGCAGGGGGUGCAGGAGCAUUGGCAGUAGGAGGGCCGAGCGGGUCAUGGGCGUGGGCGUGGGGUCAGCUGGUGUUUCUGUGGGAGACAGUGCGGCAGCCCGCCAUUCUGCUGCCCACCACCUUCAUCUUCCUCUGGCAGGCCACCCCUCACUCCGAGACAGCAAUGUUCUACUUCACCACCAACGAGCUUGGGUUUGGCCCUGAGUUUCUAGGCCGUGUCCGCCUCGUGACAGCCCUCGCAUCCCUGGCUGGUGUUGGUCUGUUCAACUUCUAUCUCAAGGAAGUGCCUCUGAGGAAGCUGUUCCUGUGGACCAACGUCGUGGGGGCCAUCCUUGGCUCCACACAGACGGGCGUCGGACCGGAGCUGAAUGAGGAGCAGAAGAAGCAACUCAGCGAGAUGCUCACCGAAUUUCUGCCAAUUUUCGCGACCAAGAGUGAUCAAAUCGGACUUUACCCCCAUCUGCAACUCCACAUCGAGACCGGCACCAAAAAUCCGAUCGCUCACAAGCCAUACCGUGCGGCCCCGGCUGAAAAGGAGCUAAUUGAAAAAGAGGUCAAAACUCUUCUGGAUCAAGGCGUGAUCCGUCCGUCCCACAGCCCAUGGGCUGCCCCAUGCCUCGUUAUACCAAAAAAAGACUUCGGCAUUCGAGUCGUCAUCGACUACAGGAGGCUGAACGCCAUCACCAAGAGCGCAGAUCGUUUUCCCCUCCCGAGGAUCGACGAGAUCCUGGACCAGCUUCGAGGGGCGCAGUAUUUCACCAUCCUGGAUAUCAAAUCGGCCUACUACAACAUUGCAGUCGCCGAGCAGGAUAUCCCAAAGACCGCGUUCGUCACUCCAACGGGCCUGUACGAGUUCACUCGUAUGCCAUUCGGAUUGAAAAACGCGCCUGCUACCUGGCAGCGUUUCAUCAUGGGAGUCUUUCGAGAUCUCCCGUUCAUCAUCUGCUAUCUGGACGAUGCGGCCAUUUGGUCUACCACAUGGGAGGAGCACCUUGGGCACAUCAAGCUCGCAAUGCGGAGGGUCAAAGAGCAUUCCCUGCUCCUCAAGAUCAACAAAUGCAAUUUCGGGUUCAACAAGAUGCCGUACCUGGGCCAUAUCAUCAGUCGUGAUGGAGUGGCCCCCGACCCAGAGAAGAUCAAGGCGGUUAAAGAAUGGCCGACACCAGAGAAUGUGAAGCAGAUUCGAGGGUUCCUCGGCCUGGCUUCAUAUUACCGUCGCUUCAUCCGGGGUUUCGCCAAGAUAGCAACCCCGAUGAACCAGCUCCUCAAAAAUGAGACCCCAUUCGAGUGGACCGACGACUGCGAGGAGGCAUUUCAGAAGCUUAAGACCGCCCUCACCAGCUCGCCGAUCCUCGUCUACCCUGAUUUCACCAAGCCAUUUCUCCUCCAGACGGAUUUCUCUGCUCAAGCCGUGGGCGCCGAACCGUCGCGGCUGCUACUCCUUGUCACCGGUCUUAACCGCACUCUGGGCAUCAGCGACCAGUACUUUUUGCUGGGAGAUUCUCUCAUCCUCACGGUGCUCGGGCAGAUCUCCUUCAUGCCAGUGCUGGUGCUGGCGGCCAGAGUCUGCCCCCCGGCAUCGAGGCAACUUUAUUCGCAACGCUCAUGUCUGUUAGCAACGGAGCCAGUGUCUUUGGUGGGUCAUGGGCGCUGGUCUCACCAACUGGCUUGGCGUCACGAGCACCAAUUUCGCCAAUCUGCCCACGCUCGUUGCCAUCUGUAACUUCUCCUCGUUGCUCGUGCUGCCGUUUCUGAACCUGCUCCCCGCUGCUGUCAGCGCAAACUCAGACUCCGAAGACGAGUAGCGUUUGUACAGUAUGAUAUUUGAUGUACAGUGAUGUCUAAGUGUUCGUGUAACCUAUGAGCAAAUAUAAUUCUGAUGCCAACACAGUGCGAUAAAAAGUUAGUUCGAAU